AUGGUCAGAGGAGAGGUGCUGGGUGCCGUCUCGCGACAUCCUGGACCGGUCGCUGAUCGUGGACUUCCACCGGAAGCGAGUGUUUUGUUGCUCUUGGCUACUCUCUUCUCCCCUGUACCUCCUCAGUUUCUCUGGCGUCUCGGACCUCCGCUCUCUUCACCUCCCGGCAUCGCCUCACAAGGGAUCACCACAGACAUCCGGAUUCUGCCAGCGGGUCGAGACCCCUCCCCGCCGAGCCUCCUUUUACCCAGAGCUACAGUGAGAGUAACACCAGAAACAUCUGUGUUCACUGGAGAGACAGUCACUCUGAAGUGUGAGAUAGAGAAACUUUACACAUCAUUACACUGGAGAUAUCUGUGGUAUAAAGACAGAAGUGAAGUGCUGAACUCUGAGCGUUACACAGUAAACACAAACACUCUCACUAUCAGUUCAGUUACUCAAUCUGAUCAGGAUGAGUUCUGGUGUAGAGGAGAGAGAGCUGGACGCCCCUCAUCCUCACAUGACAGUGGUCAUGUGACUCUCUCCAUUAAAGCUUUACCCAGAGCUACAGUGAGAGUAACACCAGACACAUCUGUGUUCACUGGAGAGACAGUCACUCUGAAGUGUGAGAUAGAGAAACUUUACACAUCAUUACACUGGAGAUAUCUGUGGUAUAAAGACAGAAGUGAAGUUUCUAAGACUCCACGUUACACAGUAAACACAAACACUCUCACUAUCAGUUCAGUUACUCAAUCUGAUCAGAAUCAGUUCUGGUGUGAAACAGAGAUUCAUGGACGACCACAAACUUCACAAACAAGCUCUGCUGUUUCUCUUACUGUGAUGGGAUCAAAACCAAAAGCUGAACUCAGAUCAGAUACUGAAGGAUCUGUACUGACGGGAAACACAGUGACUCUGAAGUGUCUCAUGAAUCAGUUCACUGGAUGGAAGUUUUACUGGUACAAACACACACAGAACACUGAGAAGACGACAACAGAUGAAAACUACUACACAAUUCCCACCGUUACAGUUUCAGAUGGAGGUCUGUACUGGUGUAGAGCUGGAAGAGGGAAUCCAGUCUAUUACACAGACUACAGUGAUGUUCUGUGGAUCAAUGUUACAGGUGGUUCUUCUUCAGUGUCUCUGAUCAUCAGACCCAACAGAACUCAACACUUCUCAUCUGAAUCUCUCUCUCUGAGCUGUGAGGAUCACAGGAACUCUACUGGAUGGACAGUGAGAAGAUACACAAACACACUGGAAACUUGUCCAUCAUCAUCAGUCAGAUCUACAGGAACAGAAUCUACAUGUACAAUCACAUCUCUCAUCACAUCUGACACUGGAGUGUACUGGUGUGAGUCUGAAUCUGGACACAAACUUCAUCCUGUUAAUAUCUCAAUACACAUUUCCGGCCUUCAGAGAAUUAAAGAACGAGUAGAAGACCAUGGCACGUUCUUUGAUUUCUGUCUGUUUGAUUUCUUUAAUACUCAAUACAACUACAAAGACGUCCCUCUGUUCUCUGUACCUGAUGGUGCUGUUGAGCUGAGAACUGCUUACAGCCUCGGUCUCCGGUUCCUCGUCCACUCCAUCACUCUCAUCGCUUUGUUUUUCUCCUGCCAUGUUGUUGAGGUGGUUCUCUUGCCUCAAGGCUCAGGGAUCUGGUAUCGCUUUAUUAUGCUGUUGGGAUAUUCUCAUGAGCUUCAGGAACACACAUUACUCAUGAAUGUACACAAACAUCGAAGACAGAAUGNCAAACCAUCUCUGACUGUUCAGCCUCAGAGUUCUGUGUUCACUGGAGACAACAUUACUCUGAUCUGUGAUGUGAAUCAGUCCACUGGAUGGGAGUUUGUCUUUAUCACACCCUCACGCCAAAAAUACAAAGAACCUUCAGGAACUAAAACAAUCAGUUCUGUGCGAGUCUCUGAUGGAGGAGAAUACAAGUGCAUAGCCAGAAGAGGAGAGAAUCCCCUGUAUUACACAUAUUACAGUAACCCAGUAACAGUGACAGUAGAAGAAAGACCAAAAGCUCAAGUGUCUGUUCGGCCUGAUGAACAUGUAUUCAGAGGAGAAACUGUCACUCUCACAUGUGUCAUCAAUGGAGGAGGAGUCACUAGCUGGCAGUACAGAUGGUAUAAAGAUUCAGUCAUACAGCAGAAUAAACAACAGAAAUACACAAUCAGUCCUGUUGUUGAGUCUGACGCAGGUAAAUACACCUGUAGAGGAACAGAGAUCAGAGGAUCAUCAGACACCAGUGAUGCAGUUACACUGACAGUAUCAGAUUUUCUCAAACCAACUCUGACCGUUCGGCCACAAUCUGUGUUCACUGGAGACACAUUAACUCUGAUCUGUGAGGAGAAUCAGUCCACUGGAUGGGUGUUUAUCUUCAGCAAACCUCCAAAUCCUGGAUACUAUGAAGCUUCAGGAACUAAAACAAUCAGUUAUGUGCGAGUCUCUGAUGGAGGAGAAUACAAGUGCAUAGCCAGAAGAGGAAACUAUGACACACUAUACAGUGAUUCAAUAACAGUGACAGUAGAGAAAAGACCAAAAGUUCAAGUGUCUGUACAGCCUGAUGAACAUGUAUUCAGAGGAGAAACUGUCACUCUCACAUGUGUCAUCAAUGGAAAAACAUCAGUCAAUAACUGGCAGUACAGCUGGAAUAAAGAUUCAUACUAUUACACUGACAGUUACCAACAGAAAUACACAAUCAGUUCUGUUAGUGAGUCUCACGCAGGUAAAUACACCUGUAGAGGAACAGAGAUCAGAGGAUCACGAUCCUCACGUACCAGUGAUCCAGUUACACUGACAGUAUCAGGAUCAAAACCAAAAGCUGAACUCAGAUCAGAUACUGAAGGAUCUGUACUGACGGGAAACACAGUGACUCUGAAGUGUCUCAUGAAUCAGUUCACUGGAUGGAAGUUUUACUGGUACAAACACACACUGAACACUGAGAAGACGACAACAGAUGAAAACUACUACACAAUUCUCACUCGUUACAGUUUCAGAUGGAGACUCAGGGUGGUACCCAGACGACAGACUGGCUUUGGUUCCAAGGAGCUGGCAGAAUGCUUUCCAGAAUCUAGAAGUGAACUGGGGGCCUCUGUCCGAAACUAUAGCCUGGGGGAUACCGAAAACCUGAAAAACGUGGAUUAUAAUCAGGUGAGCAGUCUCUUUAGCAGAGGGGCCGAUGGGGAAUGGACAGCGGAUGGAGUAACCCCUGAGGGCAGAGACUGGAGGUCUAUUCUGGUUGCAUAUGUGGCAUGCCUUGACGAAGGUGCUGACAUCCUCUUUGAUCGUGGGCCACCAGAACCGUCUUCGGAGGAACUCGAGGGUGCGAUCGAUGCCAGGGUGGCAAUGGUUAUCGAGAAGACGUUUGAGGACUCUUCUGACAUGCUCCGUAUGUUCAUGGGCGGAGGCCGAAAAGAUGAGGAUGUCAUCCAGAUAGACGAACACAAAGAGGUUGAGCAUAUCCCGGAGCACAUCGUUAAUAAGGGCUUGGAAAACAGCCGGGGCAUUGGUCAGGCCAAAGGGCAUCACAACGGUCAUGGUAACACUUGGGGACUCGGGACAGAUCAAUGGACUCUAGAACCUCGGGAGAAGGGUCAGGGGAACUCGAGAAUAGGCAUGCUGGCAUGGCACGUGGGGCCCCACUGGCUGAUGGACCCCACAGCCCAGUCAAUGUCCGGUUGUGAUCACAGAGCCAGGGGUGGUUCUUCUUCAGUGUCUCUGAUCAUCAGACCCAACAGAACUCAACACUUCUCAUCUGAAUCUCUCUCUCUGAGCUGUGAGGAUCACAGGAACUCUACUGGAUGGACAGUGAGAAGAUACACAAACACACUGGAAACUUGUCCAUCAUCAUCAGUCAGAUCUACAGGAACAGAAUCUACAUGUACAAUCACAUCUCUCAUCACAUCUGACACUGGAGUGUACUGGUGUGAGUCUGAAUCUGGACACAAACUUCAUCCUGUUAAUAUCUCAAUACACAAUGGUGAUGUGAUUCUGUACAGUCCUGUUCAUCCUGUGACUGAAGGAGAUUCUCUGACUCUACACUGUUUAUAUCGAGAUAAAAACCCAUCAAACCUCAGAGCUGAAUUCUAUAAAGAUGGAUCAGAGGUGCAGAAUCAGACUACAGGAGACAUGAUGAUCAUCUCUACAGUCUCAAAGUCACAUGAGGGUUUCUACUCCUGUCAACACCCAGAGAGAGGAGCGUCUCCAAAGAGAUGGAUCUCAGUCACAGAUUCUCAGUUCUCUGCUGGCCGUUUGUCCAUAUCUGAUAGUGACAGUUCUGCUGGUUUUCAAGUGCUACAGAUUGAGAGAUGAAACAUGUGUCUGAUAUGUUAGGUUGUUGCAUUGAUUAUGAAGUUCUUAUUGAAUUAAACAACAAAGUAUUCAGGGAUGUGAUUUUUCUGUAUAAAUACGGAUUUCCGUAUUUUUUGUCCUCGAUGGGAUCACCCGCUUACAUUGCAUACAUUUUAUUUAUUUUAAUUCGAGGCGGGAUUGGGGGUUUAGGGAUGUGUGCAUGGUCAUCAUUUAGCUGGCCAACAGGAUCCUUUCUGCACCCUCUCUACGUCAUGCACAAUACAGAGCGACCGCUUCAUUCAGAACAUAAUUUUGGGAGUUAUCUUUAUGUUUCCAGAGAGUCUGUGAAAAGUAGACGCGAAGCACAGCUGUUUUGGUACUCAAAAAUACGCAUGGUGUUUAAUUAAGUGGGGAACUGAGCAGCGUUUUGUAACAUAUACAGAAAAUCCCGAGUCUGGAAGUUGAGAUGUCUAUAUGAUAUGAUUGAACAUUAUCUAUAUAGGCCAUUCCACAAUUUGAUGGCUUGAAACUAUACUAAUGGCCGAUCUAGUCUCCACUGAAAGCAUACAUUUAAAUGAACAUGCAGCGUUUGCAAAACCUUAAUUACAUGUGUAUUAAUGCGGAUUUAUACCACGGGCCUCUUGAAUGCUUCAAUCUGAUUGGUUGACAAACGUUCUAUGGGUAUGCACUAACUUUCAGUUAAAUGCACACCUAUGAAGGUUUUCCAGGUCUGCUGACCACAUUACAAUUCCAUAUCACUUUGCCAAGUUUAAACAACAGAAGGGUUAUCGUGUAGCCCACAGGCCAUUACCGCACACAGCACCCUGCUCUUGAUGUCAAACUUUACUGUUAAUGGAAACAUGCAAAGUUUCGUUUCAAUAAACGAAGCAUUUCAAAAACAAUAUAGAAAUACAUGUAUAAUAAAAUAACUGAUUUUCCGCUUCUCGUCGUGGCCGCAUUACCACCUCUGGGUCUGCAUUAACUUUUGAAUAAUUGAACGGCCUCUUGUCAAUUAUUCCUUACAUACGCUGUAUGAAUGACAUUGAUUCGUCAUCUAGUGGCUGUCUAUGAUUCGUCAUCUAGCGGCUGUCUAUGAUUCGUCAUCUAGUGGCUGUCUAUGGAAGUCUCUUGAGGCCACAGUGAGGCCUUUACUUUUUUUGUUCAAUUAUUGUUUAAUGAAUUACUGCUGAUUACAAUAAAAUUAAAAGUAGGCCUAAUAUAAACUACUCAAGGGGUGCCAUUUGUAAAUGCCAUCUUAUUUGACAUUAGCAUAAGAUA